GGAUACUGAUUGGUUUAAAGUCAGGAAAGGUGUGCGUCAGGGUUGUAUUCUUUCCCCAUACCUAUUCAGUCUGUAUGCCGAGCAAAUAAUCCGAGAAGCUGGACUAUAUGAAGAAGAACGGGGCAUCAGGAUUGAAGGAAGACUCAUUAACAACCUGUGUUAUGCAGGUGACACAACCUUGCUUGCUGAAAGUGAAGAGGACUUGAAGCACUUACUCAUAAAAAUCAAAGAUUACAGCUUUCAGUAUGGAUCGCACCUGAACAUAAAGAAAACAAAAAUCCUCACAACUGGACCAAUGAGCACCAUCAUGAUAAACGGAGAAAAGAUUGAAGUUGUCAAGGAUUUCAUUUUACUUGGAUUGACAAUCAACAGCCAUGGAAGCAGCAGUCAGGAAAUCAAAAGACGCAUUGCAUUGAGAAAAUCUUCUGCAAAGGACCUCUUGAAAGCGUUGAAGAGCAAAGAUGUCACCUUGAAGACUAAGGUGCGCCUGACCCAAGCCAUGGUAUCUUCAAUCGCAUCAUAUGCAUGUGAAAGCUGGACUGUGAAUAAGGAAGACCGAAGAAGAGUUGACGCCUUUGAAUUGUGGUGUUGGUGAAGAUUAUUGAAUAUACCAUGGACUGCCAAAAGAGCGAACAAAUCUGUCUUGGAAGAAGUGCAACCAGAAUGCUCCUUAGAAGCAAGGAUGGCGAGACUGUGUCUUACGUACUUUGGACAUGUUUUCAGGAGGGAUCAGUCCCUGGAGAAGGACAUCAUGCUUGGCAAAGUGCAGGGAUGGUGGAAAAGAGGAAGACCCUCAACGAGGUGGACCGACACAGUGGGUGCAACAAUGAGCUCAAACAUAAUGAUUGUGAGGAUAGCGCAGGACCAGGCAGUGUUUUGUUCUCUUGUGCAUAGGGUCACUAUGAGUCGGAACUAACUCAACGGCACCUAACAACAACAAUAUGAAAGUGGAGGGACCAGUUGGAGAAGGACAUCAUGUUUGGUAGAGGGGUCAGUGAAAAAGAGGAAGACCCUCAACGAGAUGAACUGACACAGUGACUGCAACAAUGGGCUCAAACAUAGCAAUGAUUGGGAGGAUGGCGCAAGACCGGGCAGUGUUUCAUUCUGUUGUAGGUAGGGAUGCUAUGAGUUGGAAUCAACUCGAUGACACCAAACAACAAAUAUGACUACAUGAAUCUUCACUGAGGGACUCUGCCUUGGCCCUGAGUGUUAAUCUGUUCCCUCUGCCUUGGGUAGAGGACCCGCUUUUCUUUGUGGUCUCACUGGGUUGGUCAGGAAGGUACUGACAAAGAUGACAGCAAAAACAGUGAGGCAUGUUACAGGCUUGGCACACCCUGGGUUUAGGAUUGUUACAUGGUACAAGCCUGGUGGCUGCUCAGUGUGAUAUCAUAAGGCUGCUGCUUCUUCCUUCUUCCCCUUUCUUCUUCCUCUCUCCUUCCUCCUCCUCUUUGUUUAGAAGAGUUACUUUCUUGUGAACUAGCUGAAAGAAGAUCUAGCUCUUCAAAGACAGCAUAUUUUGGUCUUCCAAAUGGUCCCUAGUAAGGAAGCUACAACACUCCUGAUAUAAUUGCAUUAUUGAUCAUUAAUGGUUGGAAGAUGUAGAGGAGGACAAACCAAAAAAUCAUGUCCUAAGGCCACCUUAUUAAGAGAAAUAAUUAUAUUUUAGAUUGGAGAAUCAGGGAUAGGAAUUCUAGAAGUUUUUAUCUAUGGAAAAAUGGUAGGAUACCAGGAUAUAUUCUAGGUAUGAAAUUCUGAUGAAAAUGUUCUCCUGUAGAUUAAUUUCAUGGGCUCAAACAUAGCAAUGAUUGUGAGGAUGGCGCAAGACCAUCAAUUCCGACUCACAGAGACCCCAUAUGACAGAGUGGAAUUGCCCUAUAGGAUUUUCUUGGCUAUAAUCUUUAUGGAAGCAGAUCACCAGGUCUUUCUCCCGCAGGGCUGCUGAGUAGAUUCAAACCACCAACCUUUUGGUUAGUAGCUAAGCACUAUCAAUUUGCAUCAUGAGGGUUCCUGACUACCUAUACCCGGUACCUAUUGCCAUCAAUGGGUACAUCGAUGAUUCCGACUGAUAGCGCCCCUAUAGGACAGAGUGGAACUGCCCCAUAGGGUUUUCAAGGAGUGGCUGGUGGAUUCAAACUGCUGACUUUUUGGUUAGCAGUCAUAGCUCUUAAAUGCUGUGCCACCAGGGCUCCUGACUAUGCAUAGUAGACCUAAUAAAUAACACUUUGACUGUUACAGGCUGACACUAGGUAAACACACUGAUAACUAGGAGAACACUGACAACUUGACAACUCAGAGUCUUAGAAAUAUGAUUCAGUAAGUAUGGACUGCCAACAUUGCCCAGAGGACUAUGCUAGGCACUGCAGGAGAUAUCAGAUGAAUACAAGAUCCCUGUCCUUCAGGAAAGCAUACUGUAAUAGAAAAGGCACAGGAUAUGACAACCCAAAACCAAACCCCUUGCUGUCAAGUUGAUUCCAACUCAUAACAACCCUAUAGGACACAGUAGAACUUCCCCAUAGGGUUUCCAAGGCUGUAAUCUUUAGGGAAGCAGACUGCCACAUCUUCCUCCCACAGAGCAGCUGGUGGGUUUCAACGGCCAACCUUUUGGUUAGGACUUAACCACUGCGCCACCAGGGCUCUCUGGAUAUGACAACAGGAGACCUAAAUUCCAUUCUAAAAUCUGGCACUGAUAAACUAUGUAACCCUGAGGAAGUCAUAUUCUACGUUUCAAUUUUAUUUCCCAAAGAACGUACCUCACAAGGUUAAAACCUACCUACCUCAUGGGUUUACCUCAAAAGAAAAUAACAUGGUAAUAGUUGUGAGGGAAGCGCCAGCGAACCAGAAAACGGUUAAAAAAUGUUUAAGGGACCAUUGUUCCUGAACAAGCAAGUUGCCUGACGUGGGCCUCUUACAGAGGAGGCUCCCAAUAAGCCCAGGGAUGACAGCUCCAACUUUCUCUGGCUGGGCCUUAGGAAGACUACUGCGCAUGCGCAGUGGGAGGGGCUCAGACUCUUUGAGCCAAUACCGGUCGUGGUCCCUCGACAUCCCGGAAGGCGACUGUUACUAGUGUCCUCAGGAAGAAGAACCUCUCAUUGAUUUUGUACCAAACCUGAAGGGGCCUUAGUUGUCACACCCAGGAGUAAAGCUAUUCCUAGAGCAGAAUGAUGAUGGGAGAUCUCGAGGUGGCAGCAUGGUGGAGCCCUCAGAUGAGGUCUGUGUUGGAGACUAAGGGAUCUGUAAAAGAGAGCUCUAGUCAGAGUAAGAAAUCCACCCCACAGACAAACAGUCUUGAUCCUGAGAGCUCUCGCCGGCACUUCCGGAGCUUCUACUAUCCUGAAGCAGUUGGACCCCUCCAGGCUGUUAGCCAACUUCAGGAAUUAUGCCGUCAGUGGCUGAAGCCAGAGAUCCACUCCAAAGAGCAGAUCUUGGAACUGCUGGUGCUAGAGCAGUUCCUGGCCAUUCUGCCCAGGGAGCUCCAGACCCAGAUACAGAAGCAUCAUCCACAGAGCAUCGAGGAGGCUGUGGCCCUGGUCCAACAGUUUCAGGGAAAAUCUGAUCAAAGGAGGAAUGAGAGUUUGUUGUCCUUUGAAGAUGUGGCCCUGAAUUUUUCCAAGGAGGAAUGGGAAUUAUUGGACCCCAGUCAGAAAGCCCUCUACCACAAUGUGAUGCAGGAGAACUAUGAGACUGUCAUCUCUCUGGGAUUAAGUCUCAAAAACGACAGUGGAAAUGAUCAGCCCGUGUUUCCUUAUGAGUUAGAAAUACAAGCACCAGGAGGCAAAGUAUCAAGAAAAGCCAGAGUGAAAGUUCCCCAGAAAAUAACAGGCACAGAAAAUCGUGGUGGUACACACAGGGUAAGGAAACGGCAUCAAAAUUUUCCAGGGAAGAAAAGAAAGAAACAUUCAACAUGUAAACAAGAGCUGCCAAAAUGUAUGGAUCUUCAUAGGAAAGACCACACAGGGGAGAAACCUUUCAAAUGUCAGGAAUGUGGGAAAAGCUUUAGAGUGAGUUCUGACCUUAUUAAACACCAGAGAAUUCACACUGAAGAGAAACCCUAUAAAUGUCAACAAUGUGAUAGGAGAUUUAGAUGGAGUUCAGAUCUUAAUAAACAUCUAAUGACACACCAAGGAAUAAAACCCCAUAAAUGUUCGUGGUGUGGGAAAAGCUUCAGUCAUAACACAAAUCUCCACACACACCAAAGAAUCCACACAGGAGAGAAACCCUUUAAAUGUCAUGAAUGUGGAAAAAGAUUCAUUCAGAACUCCCAUCUUAUUAAACACCAGAGAACCCACACAGGUGAGCAGCCCUAUACUUGUAUCAUAUGCAAGAGAAACUUUAGCAGGCGGUCAAGCCUUCUUAGACACCAGAAACUCCACAGGGCAAGGGAAGUUGGUCCUGUGUCCCCCGUCUGAAUGAAGUCACUAUAUUGAGCCUGACCCUAGAGAGCGUAAAAGAACAUAAAAUCAUAAAUCACCAAUGAUAGGAAUCUCAUCAAUGAGAAAUUUGGGAGGUGCCCAUGCCAUGCUUCACAGAAAGGAAUACACGUUGCCUGUCUUGUCCAGUGUUAUAUCUUCAGUGCCUAGCACAAAUUGACAUAUAGGGAGUACCUUAUCAAUAAAAUAAUGAAAAUAUAUCAAGUGUAUCUAUCUAUUUAUCAUCGCCAUCUAUCCAUCUACCUGGGUUCCUUGGAUCUUUCUCAGACUCAGUGAUCUACUUUCUUCAGGUAUCAAGCACUUGGCAAAUACAUGAUGGUCCCGAGUCCUGGUCUCAUUCUUUACUGGUAGAGAUGGAAGAGAAAUAUAUAGUUCCCCAAAAAGAGAAAAUUACUUAGUGGGGAGUGCUUUUAUGGCUAUUGUUCUAUGUGGAGGAACAUCCAAGCCCAAUGUGUAGGGAGCUUUACCCUGGUACAGAAAGAGAGAAUUUAAUGUGAGCUCCAGGAGAAGCACCUCCAUUCUAGUUGCUACUCCCCUCAGAAGCCACUGCCACAAUGUCAUCUGUCCAGCAAUUCUAAGCAGCAAGGGCCUGAAUGCCAACACAGACCUUUGGGCCUUGCAAGCACAAAACAUCUGUCCUCUUGCUGGUCCUCUCAACACUGGCAAAGCCUUCCUCUAGAAGGGGCCUUUAAAAUCUGGUGUGAUCAGUGGGUACCAAGCCGGUCCUUAGAAAAGGCUGUUUGUGAGCUGUUAAGAGGCAUGCUAAGAAAAAAUGAAUUCUUAAUCGAAGUGAAGUUGGGAUCAGUGUGUUAGAUAAAAUCAGUGUUUCAUUACUAGAGGGCUUCUCAGAGCAUUUACAGGUAACUGCACAAUGUGCAACUAGGGGAGUCAAGGGAGAGGGGUAUGACCAUGCAGUGUUUUUCAGCAUUAUUUAGCCAUAGGAGCCUUUCUGGUGGGUAUGUUUGUCACGCCUAACAUAUCUGAGAACAGUGUUGUGCAACACCCAUUCGGGAAUCACUGACCUAGUUAAACCUUUCACCAUUAUAGGAACCUGAGGCCCAGAGAGGUUACCUGACUUGGUAGAACAAAAAUCAGUUCUCGCAUCCCCAUAUUCACACUGAAAUGCCCCUUCCUCCACACUACGUGGCUUAUCAUUAGACAUAUUAGGAAGAAGGAGGGGCAUAUCAUUAGACAUAUUAGGAAGCUGAAGAGUAAGAACUUAUGGCUGGGCAUUGGUGGCAGAGCAAAAGUUGUCACUGAGUGUCCUCAAGUCAAUUUCCAUUCAUUGUGACCCCUUGUGACAGAGUAGAACUGCCCCAUAGGGUUUCCUAGGCUGUAAUCUUUAGGGGAACAGAUUACCAGCUCUUUCUCCUGCAGAGCCACCGGAUGGGUUUGAACCGCCAACCUUUCACUUAUCAACCGAAUACUUAACCAUUGUGCCACCGGGGCUUCAUAGAGCAAGAGUAACCAAAGAACACCAAAUCCGUUGCCAUUGAGUCGAUUCCAACUCAGCGACCCUAUGGGAUGGAGCAGAACUGCCCCAUAGGGCUUCCAGUGACCAGCUGCUGGAUUUGUACUGCUGACCUUUUGGUGAGCAGCCGAGCUCUUAACCAUUGUGCCAUCAGGGGUCAAGAGCAGAAGU